AGGGGAUCUGCAAAUCCAAAUUCUAAACAAGAAGGGAGAGCCGAUAACCGUGUUUCCAUCGGUGGGCCAGGGAACAGGGAAAAAACUGAGUAUUGUGCUCAAAGUCACCCAUCAUGGUCCUAAAGGGAAUCAAGACGUUAUGUGUUACGUUGCCCCGCCUUCUGCACAUUGGGGUUACUGGUUCAAAUUACGUGAGGAACUGACCCAGCUGGGGAAGUAUACGCUGUCCCUGCUCACCAUAAUAAAAGAAAGUGAUGCCACCUCCUUUGGCGGCAAAGAGCUUCCAAGUUACAAACUCAACUUUACCGUCACAGAGGGUAGCGCUGAGACAUUCGUUAUGGGUACAGUGAGCCCCACUGCUCGCAUUGGAGUGCCAUUUAACAUUCCUCUGCUGAUAAAAGACGGUUAUGACCACUCAGUGACGCCUCCUCCUGAUCUGCAGCCUGAACUCAAAUGCAGUGGCCUGGACCUGAGUUACGAGACAGUGGACAGCAGUGGGACCACGCUCACCAUCAAAGGCGUCAAAGCAAUCGCAAAAGUCCGGAAUUACCAACAAUCAAAG